AUGUCGAGACCGACAGAUAAAACAUUGUCGCCAUUGGCCAUCGUCGGGUUGUCGCUCAAGUUCCCACAGGAUGCAGUCUCUCCCGAAUCAUUUUGGGAUAUGAUCGUGGAGGGAAGGUGCGCAUCAACGGAGUUUCCUCCGGAUCGACUGAACAUCGACUCCCAUCAUAACCUGGAUGCCAACCGGCUCGAUAGCUUAUCUCUACGCGGGGGUCACUUCAUGAAAGAGGAUAUUGCUUUGUUUGAUGCCCCUUUCUUUUCUAUUACGGCCGCUGAAGCAGAGGCUAUGGACCCUCAGCAGAGACUGAUCUUGGAGGCUGCCUUCCGAGCACUGGAAAAUGCUGGUAUUACUAUGGAAGGAAUCGCACGAUCAAAGACGUGCGUUUUUGCCGGUUCGUCAGGCCAUGAGUAUUUGAUGUUGCAGGCAAAAGACCCCCAAUAUCUACAGAAGUGGGGUAUUACAGGAACGACUGGAAAUAUGGUGGCCAACCGCAUUAGUUGGUUUUUUGACCUCAUUGGACCUAGCGCUGCAAUCGACACAGCUUGCUCAAGCAGCCUGAUGGCUAUUGAUAUGGCAUGUCAGUCUAUAUGGAGUGGUGACUCAACCAUGGGACUGGCAAUUGGGAGUAACGUUAUACUGGCAUUGGAGACGUCACUGAUGAUGGACAACUUGGGACUCCUUUCUAAAGACAGUCGUUGCUACAGCUUUGAUGAACGUGGCAAUGGACAUGCACGGGGCGAAGGGGUUGGCGUCCUUGUUAUUCGUCCAUUGGAAGAUGCUGUGCGUGAUGGGGAUACAGUCCGAGCUGUGAUAAGGUCUUCCGCCUCCAACCAGGAUGGAAGGACGCCGGGGAUCACGCUGCCGAGCACCGAGAUGCAAGCUGCAUUGAUACAAGAGGUUUAUAUUAAAGCAGGACUGGAUAUGGCAACGACGCGCUAUUUUGAAGCACAUGGAACAGGAACUGCCCUUGGAGAUCCGAUCGAGACUGCGGCCAUUGGCUCCGUGUUUCGGCCACAUCAUUCUCUCGAUAAUCCAUUGUACAUCGGGUCGGUGAAGUCAAAUAUCGGGCACCUAGAAGGUGCUAGUGGAGUUGCUGGAGUCAUCAAGACAGUUCUAGCACUGGAGAAAGGGAUCAUUCCUCCCAACAGUGUGAAUCUGCAGAGCUUGAACCCCAGGAUUGAUGACGAGUUUUUGAAUAUCAAGUUCCCACAAAAAGCUUUGCCCUGGCCCUCAGAGGGACUUCGACGAGCAUCAGUUAGUUCUUUUGGCUAUGGAGGAUCUAACGCUCAUAUUGUGCUGGAUGAUGCUUAUCAUUUCAUGAAACUGAAUGGCCUUAAAGGGAAUCACAAUACAGUGCUCCCAUCCCGGUUGUCUAAAUGCAGAGAUUGUGAUUUGGAUACAGAAGAGGAAAUCAGUUCAGAUGAAACUCGCUCCAGUGGGGUGACAGAAACAAUAAACGACAUCCCCAAACUUCUCGUCUGGUCAACAGCAGAUGAAAAGGGAAUUCUUCGACUUAAAGAAGCCUGGAAGUCACGCUUUGCCACAAUCUCCCAAUCAGAUAAAAAGAGCCCGAAAUUCUUGAAUGAUCUCGCUCAUACAUUAGCGUGCAGACGGACUCAUCUACCAUGGAGAUCGUUUGCUGUCGUUCGCCCGUCAGAUGACUUGGGGUCAUUGGUUGAUCUAUUUUCGCCGCCAUUCCAGUCUCGCCGGUCAUCGAAUCUUGCUAUGGUGUUUUCUGGGCAAGGAGCCCAGUGGUAUGCGAUGGGGCGUCAGCUUCUCGAUAUUUACCCCGUGUUCCUACAAAGCAUCGAGGAUGCCGGCGGGUAUCUCCGAACUUUGGGAUGCGAAUGGAUGCCCCUUGAUGAGCUCAAACGCAGCGAAUCCACUUCGAAUAUCAAUAAGACCGAAUAUAGCCAGAUUCUGUGCACAAUUCUCCAGGUGGCGUUGGUCGAUCUCCUGCGCUUUGUGAACCUCACUCCCAAAGCGGUACUGGGUCAUUCAUCUGGCGAGGUGGCAGCAGCCAAAAUGAGAGGUUCCAUGCUCGCAGUUGGCCUAUCAGAAAAGGGAAUCAAGCCGUACAUCGACAAGCUCAAAAAAGACCUUGAUGUUGUUAAUCUCAUCGUUGGUUGCAUUAACAGCCCCAAGAGCGUGACGGUGACAGGAGAGGUGACCCAGCUCGACUCCCUCAAAUUCAUACUUGACAAGAAUAAUAUCCUUUGUCGGAAGCUUAAGGUCAAUUUAGCCUAUCAUUCAUCUCAGAUGAAAGAAGUCGCGGCUCUUUAUCAGGCUGCGCUGGGAGAGUUGGAAGUAGGUUAUACGGGACAUAAUGUCAACCAUCCUGAGAUGGUCUCCUCUGUGACGGGUGACUGGAUCGAGCCAGAAGAGGUCUCCCAGGCUGCGUAUUGGGUCAAGAAUAUGGUUUCUCCAGUGCGAUUCUCGGACGGAUUGACCACACUUUGCUCGGGAUCUUCCUCGAAUUCCCACAAGAGAUUGGAUGGUAGUCAUCGCAGGACAAGAGAUAUUGACCACAUACUCGAGGUUGGUCCACAUUCAGUCUUACAGGGUCCCUGUAAAGAUGCAUUGAAAAACAUCGAAAACGACACACCAACUGAAUACCUUUCGUUAUUGGUACGAAAAAUGUCAGCGGCCGAUACUGUAUUUGCUGUUUUCGGAAAUCUGCACACUGCCGGCUAUCCAAUUAAUCUUUCCCUGGUGAAUGGACUUGAUUUUACAGCAAAUGACAUUCCAAAAUCAUUGACAGAUUUGCCCGAGUACCCUUUCAAUCAUGAUACCUCAUACUGGCAUGAGAGUAAAAUCAGCAAAGACCACCGGCUACAUCCAUUUGGCCGGAACGAUCUACUGGGGGUCUCCGACCCUAACUGCAAUCCUUUCGAGAUGCGAUGGAGGAACUUUAUACGGGUUUCUGAGAUGCCUUGGACCAAAGAUCAUCAGGUGAGCGAGCUCCUAUGGCAAUGGAUUUACAGGCUAAUGACGAGAAAGGCCAACGGCACGAUUCUAUACCCUGGUGCUGGCAUGUUAGUGAUGGCUAUUGAAGCGGCUAAGCAGGUGGCGGAGCAAGGAAAAAGGAUUACUGGAUUUAACAUCCAAGAAGCCAAAUUUCAUGCCGCGAUGAUAGUCCCCCCUGGAACACACGGAAUUGAGACUAGCUUCUCUCUCCAACCUGUGAAGGGCAUGGGUUCGAAAAGCUCUAGCUGCUUUGAUUUUCGGCUUUGCACGUGUGAGAACGAAGAAUGGAUUGAGAACUGCACUGGUUCUAUCCAAAUCGUGUAUACAUCCGAUGGGGAGGAGCCUGAAAUGGACAGAAUCCACAUAGAGGAAUUGUGGAGCUCACAAUUGGAAGCCUACUCGGAUGCCAUCAAAGCAUGCACAUUGCUAAUCAACAGUUCGGCUGUAUACGACCGUUUUUUGAACUCUGGCUAUGACUAUGGAGAAGCCUUCCAGCUCAUUGAAAAAUUGUCACUUAGUCCUGAGCAGCCAUGUGUAACUGCUCACAUCAAGAGAUUAUCUUCUUCAAUAGGCGAGACGAUCCAUCCAACAACCCUCGAUGCUAUUCUGCAGACAUCUGUCUGGACUGAGGUGGCUUCUGAAACGCAGGAUGUACCAAGAGCUGUUCCAAAAUAUGUGGAAAAUCUGUGGGUUGCGAGUCGUGCUUACGAAAACACAUCAUCCACCAUUCUGAGGGCGUAUGCUACUCGCAAUGUGGGAUCCUCCUUUCUUGAUUCGUCUUCUGACAUCUUCGUAUUUGAUGAGGCAUUGGGUGAAAAUUUGAUUUCUAUCCAGGGACUUGGAGCAAAUCUCGAUGGGACCAAACUUGCAGAGGAAAGUGCUCCUGGGUCCCCAGAAGACCUCUGCUACCAUGUCCAAUGGAAGCCUGACCUCAACCUUCUGAGCAACAGAGAAGCCACGAAUCUCUGUAUAAAAGAAUACCCCAACUCUACAGACUCAAGGGGUUUUUUUACUGACUUGGAGUUCAUGUUCAUGGCACGUAUCACUGAAACAUUGAAAAUAUUGUCUGAACAGCAGCUCAAGCCCUCACAGCCACAUUUGCAGAAGUAUGUGGACUGGAUGAUAAAUAGACAGCACCUGCUUAAUGAAGGCCAGCUUCAAUUUGCUUCCGAACCGUUGCACAGUCGGCUAACAGAUCUUGACUAUCUUCAAGAUGUCGAGGAUCGAUUGCUGAAUCUUAACAAAAGAGGCAAUUUUUAUGUCACAGUUGCUCGAAAUCUACUGCAGAUCCUGACUGGCAGGAUGGAUUCGUCGGCCUUGUUUGAAGGGAACAUGCUGAAGGAAUUCUACUCGGAAGAAGUUCAUGAAUCCUAUGCUCUUAAGCAAUUGGGCAAGUAUCUUGAUCUUCUAUCUCAUCUCAACCCCAAAAUGAAAAUUCUAGAAGUCGGUGCAGAAAUUGGGUCCAUGACAGAGGUUAUGCUGCGCACAUUGGGAGAUACCGAACGCAGUAACCCUCAGUACGCCCAGUGGGACUUCACUGAUAAAUCAGAAUCUUCUUUUGCUUGUGCCCAGGAUCAAUUUCAUCUAGAGGCUGGGCGAAUGCAAUUCAAACUUCUGGACAUAGAGCAGGAUCCCGAGAAACAGGGGUUUGAGUGUGCCACAUACGACAUAGUCGUUGCUUCCAUGGUUGUUUACGCUACUUCGAACAUCAAGACAGUUUUGUGCAAUGUCCGAAAGCUCCUAAAGCCAGGAGGCAAGCUCAUGCUAUACGAGAUGAUGUGUCCUGGUGUCCGAUCUACUUUCACGCUCGGUCUAUUUGAAAGAUUUUGGCUUGAUUCAAUCGCAGAUUCGAGACCAGGACCUUGCUUCGACGAGAGGCAAUGGAACGAACUUCUUCUCCAAGCCGGAUUCUCUGGCCUGGAUUUCCUUUUACCAGACUUCGAUGAACCCAUAUCCCAUGAAUGUAGCCUGCUAGUCUCAACAGCCGCUGAGGAACCACCCGCUGUUCAUUCUACCCCAGAAAUUGAAAUUGUGUACGAUGUCGCUGAGUCGGGCCAGCAGGAACUCGCACAGUUUCUUGUGAAAUAUUGCCAAUCAAACAGGCUCGCCUCUGUCCGUUCUUCCUCUGUUCAAGAAGCGAUCGAGAACAAAUGUGAAAAUCCAUUGCUACGGAUCUUCCUGCUCGAGCUUUACGUUCCCGUUUUACCGAAAAUCCAUCUUGAGCUGUUCCAAAAAAUUCAGAGUCUCCUUUCCGCAACAUCCCAAGUUCUGUGGAUCAACCAAGGAGGAGGCAUUCUUCCAUCCCAGCCCCAAUUCCACCUUGUGGAUGGACUAUUUCGCGUUCUGAUGACGGAAGAUAGCAAACGCAAACUCCACCUGCUUUCGCUCGAGCCUCGAAGCCGAUUGGAUACAAAGCAACGAGAUCAUAUCACAAGAUUGAUUAGGUUUUUCUUGUCGCCAGCAGCUUCAAAUGUAGAUGUCCAGUACAUUGAGCAAGAUGGAGUCCUGAACAUUCCUCGCCUGAUUGCUCCCAAACCAUUGAAUGAGAGCAUAUCGCUCAUGGCCACCUCACAUCAUCACUGUACGCAAAGUUUCCACUGCCAGAUUCCACUGCGGCUUGAUGCUGCAUCUCCGGGUCUAAUCAAUGGAUUCGAGUUCAUCGAAGAUGAAACUGUUUACGACCCACUCCAGCCAGAUGAGAUCGAGAUUGAGAUAAAAUGCGCAGGGUUGAACUUCCAUGAUGACCUGAUUGUAGCAGGCCAGUUGAAGGCGAGCGAUACCGGAGCUGAAUGCUCUGGAAAUGUUAUCAGAGUGGGCAACUCCUGCCAGAGAUUCCAAGUCGGUGAUUCCGUUGCUGUCCUACACACCGGUUGCUUUGCCACGUCAAUUCGCUUGCGAGAAACUGGCCCCAUAAUCAAGGUCCCUACGGGGAUAUCCUUUGCAAAUGCUGCAGCUGUGCCAGUCAGUUUUGCUACGGCAUACAUUGCACUGCAUAACGUGGCCCGCAUCCAGCCUGGCGAGACUGUGUUGGUUCAUUCAGCAUCCAGAGAUAUUGGUCAAGCAGCAAUCCAGAUUGUAAAGAAUGCCGGAGGAACAAUAUUUGCAACAGUUAGUUCUGAGAGCAAGAAGCAACUGCUAAUGGAUGUAUAUGGAAUCCCUGGAUCCCACAUUUUCUCAAGCCGAACGAUUGUGUUUUCAAAGAUGAUCAAGCAUCGCACAGGCGGGAAGGGUGUCGAUAUUAUUCUCAACUCUCUAACAGGGGAAAGUCUAUUUGCAUCUUGGAGGUGUAUUGCACCCUAUGGCCGAUUCCUCGAGAUGGGUAAAAGGGAAAUUCUAUCAAAUCAGCGGCUUCCCAUGCUCCAGUUCCUUGAGAAUGUCACAUUCAGCGGCAUUGACUUAGCUGCGAUAUCAGUUGAAAGGCCCGAAGUGUGCCUCAAUGCCCUCAAAUCGGUGUUUGCUUCUAUACACGCUGGUGACUUGCAUCCACCCCAGCCUAUCAAUGUGUAUGGCGUAGGGGAAAUGGAGGAGGCAUUCCAAAAGAUGCAGGCUGGCCAAAAUAUUAGUAAAACGAUUAUUGAAAUGCGAGGACACGAUCAGGUGAAGACUGCAUUGAGAACUAGACCCAGUUUCAAGUUGGAUCCUAAUGCCACGUUCGUGGUGUCUGGAGAGUUUGAAGGUCUGGGAAGAAACAUCGCAUGCUGGCUGGCAGAUCACGGAGCUCGCCAUUUGCUCCUUCUGUCAAGAUCUGGGGGACAACACGAGAAGCACAAGGAGCUUGUCAAGCAUCUUGAAUUAAAAGGCGUAAUGGUCUUGGCCCCAGCUUGUGCUGUCUCGGAUGGAGAAUCAGUGAAGAACGCUUUGCGUGAAUCCAGAUCGCAAAUGCCCCGCAUCAAAGGAUGUAUCCAGGCAGCCAUGGUGUCGAAAAACGCUCGCUUUGAAGAAAUCUCCCACCAAUCCUGGAAAGAAUCUAUUAGCCCCAAGGUCGAAGGAUCGUGGAACCUCCACAAAUACCUUCCCAAAGGUAUGGACUUUUUCAUCUUGCUAUCGUCUCUCUCGGGUAUUCUAGGAACCACUGGACAGGCCAACUACGCCGCUGGCAAUACUUUCCAUGAUGCACUAGCUCGAUAUCGCGUUGGGCUGAGGGAGAAGGCGACUUCCCUGGACUUGGGGGUGUGUGAUUUCGCUGGUGCUGUGGCCAGCGCUAGCAGACCCAAAGAAGUGCUGCCCGGAAGCAGUGGUGUCGAACCAGUAACUGAAGCAAAAUUCCAUGCCCUGCUAGCCAAGUAUUGUGAUCCCAGGGUUGGCCUUUCAACACCACUAGAUUGCCAGACUGUCGUUGGAUUGUCACCAAGCGCUCUAUCCGACAAAAGAGAAUGGCAAGCCAACCCACUUGUCCGACACCUGAUCACAAAUAAGAAAGUCAGUGGUAAAGCAGAUAGUCGACCACGCAGCGCCAAAGGGGCAGGGUCACUGCUACAAGCAGAGACUUUGGCCGACGCCAAUGCGGCUGUCUUGGAGCUUUUCAUUGAAAAGCUUUCUAAGACUGUAAGCAUCGUGAUGGCGGACUUUGAUGCGAACACGCCCUUGCACCAAUACGGAGUGGACUCACUUGUUGCGGCAGAACUGCGCGAUUGGUUUGCCGAAGAGCUUCAAGCUGAGUUGGGAGUUUUUGAAAUUCUUGGAGGAGCAACGUUAGCCUCAGUGUCACAGGUGGUUGCGAAGAAGAGCAACCUUGUCCAAGCUUCUUCAUAG